AUUGAAUUUUCGAUUACUUUAAGAAGACUCUGCACGACGCUAGAAAACAAAUUUAUUAAUUUAUUUUCAAUUUCGUGAGAAUAAACUAAUUCCAAAUGGCUGACGUAUUAGAUAUUGACAAUGCCGAGGAGUUCGAAGUAGACGAGGAUGGUGAUCAGGGUAUCGUGCGGUUAAAGGAGAAAGCAAAACAUCGCAAGGGUCGCGGCUUUGGUGCCGAUAGCAAUACCCGCGAGGCAAUACACAGCUAUGAGCGAGUUCGCAACGAGGAUGAUGAUGAACUGGAGCCAGGUCCACAACGUUCGGUAGAAGGCUGGAUAUUAUUUGUAACUUCCAUACACGAAGAAGCCCAGGAGGAUGAGAUUCAGGAGAAGUUCUGCGAUUACGGCGAAAUAAAGAACAUUCAUUUAAAUCUUGAUCGCCGGACUGGGUUUUCCAAGGGCUAUGCCCUCGUCGAAUACGAAACGCACAAGCAAGCCUUGGCUGCCAAAGAAGCUUUGAACGGAGCCGAAAUAAUGGGACAAACUAUUCAAGUGGACUGGUGCUUUGUCAAGGGACCCAAGCGCGUUAGAAAGUCAGAGAAGCGACGUAGAUAAACAGUGGAAUAUGUCACGAUUGCGUGAAAAUAAAAAUGGAAAUUGAAAUACAUUUAACUUUAGCCUAAUGGAAAGUCUAUAAGCAAAUGAAAUAAUAAAUUGACUCAUUAAAUUACCAUAA